AUGGUGGCGGGCCCGGGUCGGGAGGGUUUGGAAAAAGAUCGACACCAACUGCGUUGGCCCGGGAAGCUCCCGACGGGAAGCGGGACUUUCCCGGAGCUUCCCAAAAGGAAGUGGAGCAGCAGGGGACGCUCCCGACGGGAAGCGGGACUUUCCCCGGAGGCUCCCGACUGGAAGUGCGGCGCACCGGGAGGCUCCCAAAAGGAAGUGUGGCGCGCCGGGAAGCCCCCGACUGGAAGUGGGACGCACCGGGAGGCUCCCAAAAAGAAGUGUGGCGCAACGGGAGCUUCCCAACUGGAACGGUGGUGCAACGGGAGCUUCCCAACUGGAAGUGUGGCACGUUGCAUGAGCCCUGCAGGAAGUGUGGCGCUCCGGGAGGCUCCCGACUGGCAGUGUGGCACGUUGCCUGAGCCUUGCGGGAAGUGUGGCGCGCCGGGAGGCUCCCAAUUGGAAGUGUGGCACGUUGCACGAGGCUUGCAGGAAGUGUGGCUCAACGGAAGGCUCCUAACUGGAAGUGUGGCGCAACGGGAGGAUCCCAACUGUCCGUGUGGCACGUUGCAUGAGCCCUGCAGGAACUGUGGCGCAACGGGAGGCUCCCAAGUGGAAGUGUGGCACGCUGCAUGAGCCCUGCAGGGAGUGUGGCUCAAAAAGAGGCUCCCAACUGGAAGUGCGGCGCGCCGGGAGGCUCCCGACUGGAAGUGUGGCACGUUGCAUGAGCCCUGCAGGAAGUGUGGUGCAACGGGAGGCUCCCAACUGUCCGUGUAGCACGUUGCAGGAGGCCUGCAGGAAGUGUGGCGGAAGGGGGGGCUUGCCAACCGGAAGUGUGGCAAGCUGCAUGAGGCUUGCAGGAAGUGUGGCGCGCCGGCGGGGAAGGGGAGCGGGUCCCCGCCGGAAGUGUGGCAGAAAAGGGCUCCCGGCCGGAAGUGUGGCCGACAAUGUGCUCCCCGCCGGAAGUGUGGCCGGCCGGAGGAGCCCCGCAGGAUUUCCCCCCCCCCCGAAAAUGUGGCUCGGCGGAAACUCUUACAACUCAGGAGACAAUGGGACAGGGACCACUGUACAGUCAUGUGACUGUAUUCUGGUCGCGCACACCCACAAAAAGACACGCUGAGAGCAUGACGCUGCGGGACUCAGAGGACCUGGGUUCCAAUGCCAAUUCUGCCACUUGUCUGCUGUGUGACCUCUGACCAUGGAUAUCAAGAAAAAAACUUGAACAUGUCAUUCUAACUUCCUGUUGGGCCAAGUGCUGGUAAUGCACAUCCUUCUGGAGAGUUGCUGAGUUUUACCCGAGUGGCCGCAAGUUACUCACAUAGCUAAAUACGCUUAUGACUGGAAUGACUGUCUGACUAAUAGUCUCGUUCUUGAUGCUUAAUGUCAAGCAGAUUACUGAAACCGGAAGGGGAUUUUUGUGCUUCUUUUAUGGCAACAGGUGCUAUGCAAAUAGUCAUUCAUGAAAAAAAGAUGAAUAGAUGAAAAACAUUUUGAAAAGCCAUCAUUUCAGUUUGAUUUUUAGUCAUAGCUUCUGACAUUCAAUUAGUGCACUCUGCAAAGUCAUCAAAAAUAUUCACUGGAUAAAAAUUCUCUUCAGUCUGCCAAAUUUACAUUGCUCUGCCCAUUUUUAUCAAUGCAGCCUUUCUCCUUCCACUUCCAUCUGUUUCUGCCCAUAUUCAGAGGCUAAAGGAAAGCAAACAUUAGCUAACGCCAAAUACAUCCGCAUUCGCUCCGCAAACUCAAAUUCUUGUGAAACCAAAAUGAGGAUUCGAAGGAGUGGUGGAAUAUAUCACAUUAUUUAUAAGCCUGUGAAAUAAACUCUA